AUGGUAGGAUCAGAGAAUUGUACUGAAGAAAUUGAUCAGCAAGAAGAACAAGAUGACUUUGCUGUGACCAAAAGAUCUUAUGAUUGCACAAUCUGCAAGAGAGGCUUCACUAAUGCUCGUGCCUUAGGAGGUCACAUGAAUAUCCACAGGAAAGAGAGAAUCAAGGCCAAGCAAUGCAAACCAAAAUCUUCACUAUCCAACAACUUUACCAACGAGGAACACUUGAGAUAUAUUUUGGAGUCUCAGAGGAACGAUGGCAUGUAUAUUCAGACAUCAAAACCUAACCCUAGAAACCACUACCCACCUGCAUAUACCAUUCAAUAUGAGUUUCUUAACACAAAGUCUGAGUCUUUGAUACGGAACCAAGAGCUGCUGGGUACCAAUUUGAGUUUCCAAAUUGGUUCAAGUCAUGUGGAUACGGAUCAAGUUAUGAGAGGAAUCGUGAAAGAUGGUGAAGGGGUGGACUUAGAGCUCAGGCUUGGUCAUAAUUCAUACUCAAACUACUAA